AUGGACCGCCCUUCCCCCGCUCGUCGGGGCAAUGCCCUGUCCGCCAAAGUCAAUAGCGCGUGCCAACGAUGCCGCCGUCACAAGAGCAGAUGUGACCUGUUCCGACCAUGCACUCUUUGCGUGCGAGCCGACGUGGAAUGUGUAUCCGCGUCACACGGCGAAACCCAUGCAUCUACAAACUCGGGCAGAAGAAGAAGAGUGGAUGAAGCUACCCACGAACAAUCACGCGUCAGGUCGCCAACCCCGGCCUGCGCCAACGCCAGACAGCCAUCCGUCUACGAGAGCAAUGGCACACAGACUCCGCAAUUCGGGAGAAGCUCGUCCAACGUUGACUAUGGCGAAGCUGAAUCCACAAUGGGCAUAACUCGGAAGAUAUUCCAACUCGGAAGGCGCACCAUUGACAACAGAGCCAUAUCCGCUAUCCCCGAUGGCGAAGUCGUGCCUUGCGGAUCUUCGCCGAACCAGGCCUCCCUACAAAAACGUCCAAUUUCUGCCAUUCUCAGUUACAGCCUUCCAUCGCGACAAGUCACGGAAAUGCUUCUGGAAGAAUAUUUCGACAGCGUUCAUUGGUUUUCCCUGGUCAUCCAUGAACCCAUUUUCCGAAAGCAGUAUGAGAGUGUUGCCGAUGGCUUUGGCUGUCCGGACCAAAAGGGGUUUCUUAUUUUAUUGACCACCGUGCUGGGCAUUGCUGCCUGGUAUCUCUCACAAAAAGGCAUAGACGGGCAAUCGCAGGAUACUGAAGACAUGAAACAAUGGAGCUCAGAGCUUCUGCGGCAUACUGAAUCUCAAAUGUAUGAGAUCAUUACUGAAGCUUCCCUAGUUUCCGUCCAAACCUGCAUUCUCUUGGGCUCGUACGGGCUCUACCACGGCAAGCCUAGUUCAUCAUUUGCUCUCCUUGGGGCAGCAAUCAAGACAGGUCAGGCCUUGGGCCUACACCGGGAGACUUCUCGAGGAGAGGUUCACGAUCGCGAAGAGAGAAAAAGGGUAUGGUGGACGAUAUACACUUGGGACAGGUUUGCUUCAAUCACAUAUGGGAAACCACUGGGUAUAAAUGACAAGGACUGCAAUGUUUCGAUGCCCGCUGAAUUUGUGGAGAAUUGCAGGUUCGAUCGGGAGAAAGCUGAGACCCCGAUUUGCUAUUCCGCUUAUCAAAGAGAGCUCAAUAUGCUUUAUCUCAUUGCAUCACCGAUGCUCGAGACCAUAUUCGGCAUACGAACCUCUGGGUCGUUGGAUGCGGCAGCCAUGGCCCACCACUCUGCUCUCAUCGAUCGCAUUCACGAGCAAUUGACACAAUGGCGUCAGCAACUUCCUUCGCAUCUUGUGUUCAACCUCAACAAGGACUGCCAGUUGGAUCCACCAGCGCAAGUGAAGGCGCAUCGUCUCCAGUCCUUGUCCUUGCAGCUAACAUACGACAACAUCGUCGUCGUUCUUCAUCGGCCAUUCCUCGCCCAGCAAGUAGACGACCUUUUUAAAGCACUCACAGACUCCAGGCCCGAACCACUCUCCACAUCCACCGCAUCAGCAGUCCCACAGUACCCGGUUGGCUCCGGCAUGUCGAGCUCAGAGCUCUGGUGGAAUGCAGCGGUGCAGACGUCGCGUGUGACGGAGCUCCCACACCUCGCACAGCUCGCCACCGACACGCAUCUCGUCGCCUUCCUAGCCAUCAACCUCUUCAACUCUGCCAUUGUCAUGGUCGUCUGCGCGCUGUCGGACCCGCUCUCAGACCGCGCGCAGGAGGCCAAACGCACUAUCACGCGCAUCUACCGGCUGCAGGAACUCGUGGGACGACGAUCGAAACUCUCGAUGCAGAGCAGCGUCGUGCUGCAAGACGUUAUCCGCCUCUUACUGAACCGGGUGGCGGAGGCCAUGCUUGCGCCGAUUGUCGCGCCUGCGCGUGUUUCGAGCAAUGGGGCUGAUGGUUCCAAUCCGGUGGUGCAGCCGGGACAUCCGUCUGUGGAGGACACGUUGAGGCUGCCAUUAAGCGUGCCUAGGGACACGGCGCCAUAUUUUUCUACUGCGGUAGCGCACACUGGCAAAGGAACAGAAAUUCUCGAUCACGCUUUGCCACAGGAUACCUCUUUCAACGGUCAGAAUCAUGGCUCUGCCGAUUUUCAGAGCGGGCUUGCGACAGCGAGCACGCCCGUUGAGUGGGAUACGCUGUCGAGUGGGCUGUAUGGUGACAAUGAUCUAUACUGGAUUUGGAACACAAUCACAGAUUAA